CCGGGCGCUGGGUUUUCCCGACCACCCUUUCCCCUCCCCACCCGCCCACCUCCCUCCUUCCCUCCCUCCCUCCCCUCCAGAAUUAAAGUUGGGACGGUGGCGCUCCGGGGAUGGGUGCGAGCCAACGCCUCUGCCGCCGGCUCGCUCUGCUCCGUCCCCAGGUCGCCCGGAGCCCGCUCCCCCGCCCGCCCGCCCAGGAGGGAUGCUGCUCCGGGAGCUUCUGGGGCUGCUCCGCUGUUGCUGGCCCUCCCUGCUGCUGCACUGUGCUCUCCACCCGCUCUGGGGCUCCGUGCAGAUCACUCAGGGCGAGCCCCAGAAGUCAUGCCCCAAGCCUGUAGCAGACAAAGUGACAGAGAGCUGCCAGGAAGUUUGCCAGUGCAGACCACCUCCACCAUUGCCACCACCCCCUCCACCUCCGCCGCCCCCGAGGUUGCUGGUGGUGCCGGCUCCCAAGUCUACCUUCUGCCCCACUGAAGAGACCUGGUGGCCAGGCCUGGUUAUUAUCAUUGCAGUAUGCUGUGCCACACUAGUGUUCCUCUUUGUAGUUGUCAUCAUUUGCUACAAAGCCAUAAAAAGGAAACCCAUGAGAAAAGAAGAGAACGGAACCAGUCGGGCUGAAUAUGCAAUGACCUCCUCCCAAAACAACAAAACAGUUGACAACAGUGCGGUCGUAUAAUCCCUGAAACCCCACUGAGGUGCAGGAGGUGGUAAACUUUUAAAGCACACGCAUGGAGUAUGCAAGGUGGGUGAAAUAAGGCACCAAAAGGGGCUCUGUGGCCACGGACUUCAUUUCAGAAAUAGCGCACGCAUCAGUGACUACGAAGAGAAAAGCAGGCUGCUCUUCAGGCUUGCUGCUUCUCCAAGGGAGGAUAAAUUCACCUGUCCAGGCUGCCCAGAGAAAAGGCAACACAAAGGCAUAGGCAUCGCAUGCUGCAUCUCAUGAAAGCAACGUCACGAUGCCUCCUGCUUCCUCUCCACCCACUGUUUAGUUUGAACUGGGUGCCCACAAAAAGCUCCUUAAAUAGGGUCUUUCAAGGAGAAGGUGAUCUGCCAGAGUGGCAGCAGCUUAUUAUGUGUCUGAGGGUCAAAGGUGCGAGCUGUCACCUACAUGCUUCGCCAGCCCGUGCAGUGUUUUCACCUAGAACCUAGCAGCUUUGUAUCCUUAUACUUCACUCAUUCUUAUCAUUUUUAUUACUUCAUUAUUAAAAAGGGAAAAAAAAAAUCUGUUAAGCCAUCAAGGAACCAAAAGUUGGAUGAACUUGUGACUGAACUUGUGACCAGGAAAUUCAUCUGCGGUCUGGUGACUAUGCAAUUUCCAAGGCUGAAGACUUUUCAGGCAAAAUAAAUCAAUUUUAGUAUUUUAUUUUAGCAAUUAGCAUUGCUAAUGAAAGAGAGAUAUUAUUAAGAGGUGCUUUAAACAUUAGUUACUUUACAGUUAGCCUCCUUUUCCACAUCACAUCCUUUUUAUCUUUUAAAAAGUCCCUCCUUUGUGAAAGUCUACACAUUUCCCCGUGUUUGCAUCACACUGAUUCACCGGGGAAACCCCUACAUGAAAGAUUUUGUUUACAUCUUGGAGUGAGCAUUUGGGUGAGAUUUUGUAGAGAGGAUGAGCAGCCCUUUGGAGUCCUUUUCCUUCACUGAUGAGUGUUGUUUCCUGAAAGUGUCAAGUCUCAUGAAAUGACCCACCAAGGAUGUUGUAGAUCUGGCUUGGAGGACCAUUUUUGAGGGCCUUGUAAGCUGAUUGUGCCCAUGUUAACUCAGUCUCUGCCUCUCCUGGGCAGAGACUGCCAGUCGUGCCAAAUUCAGCAUAAUAGCUUAGUGUUGUACUUUCCAUGACAUGGAUUGCAGACUACUUAAAGCAAAGCUGAAUCCACCCAAAUCCAUUUCAUUUAGGAUCUCAGGUUAGACUCAGUAAGCAACCCUUAGAAUAAAGGCAAUUGGACUGGCCGAGCCGCUGGUCUUUACCCACCUCCUGAAAACUUUUCUUUGUGUCACACCUCCACAUGUAUGUCUCCAUUUACCUCUGUGCUGAAAGUAGCGACGCAGUGAAAGACAAACGUCCACCCUGGCUUCUUGUCUGGACAUCAAGCACCAAUACCACUGGGUCUCUGUGUCUGUGAGUAACUCUCAGGGGCCAACCCGCUCCUGGUCUGGGAUGUGGCUGUUCCCCAGCUGUCGCGUCCAUCGGUAAUGCAACACACCGAUGCUUUCAGUUUUAUGUAAGGAUGUGCCUGAACUGCAGAAAGCAGAUCUUGAUUUUGAACGCGUUCCUGUCUGCAUUUGGUCUAUCUCUGGGAUGUAGAGCUUGGCCUGAUGGUAGAGGAAGACAAUGUUCUGCAGACCUUCCCUGAAAAAGCUCCGGGAUGCUCGAAUCAGCAUUUUCAGCUCAGGCCCAUCUCUAGUUUUCUAUUACCUAUUGAACAAUAGGAUAUAUGUAAAUAUAAGUAUCUUUUCAAUGAUAAAAAUGAAAUGCUGCUAUAUACCGCUGUUGAGAAAUUUAUGGAGUUAUUCAUUUAGCUUUUUAGCCUGUCACCAUUAUGUAGAAGUUUAGCUACAUAAAAUUACUUUUAAAGGCUAGACCUUCUUGAGAAGUGAAUUAUAAAAGUGAAAGGGAACAAGUAACCUUUUGCCCAAGACUAUGAUUAUUUCCUGCCAUAUUUAUAUUGUGUGCUUGCACAAGAUACAGUGAUAUGCUCUUAGAUCCAAAGUGGGAUUAAAAUGACAGAAUUUACAUUUUGAGUCUAGUAUCCCAAAUGUUGAUUGCCUAAAGCACUUAGCCCCUAAAUACUAUAAUAAAAAUAUUGCAAGUAUAUUUCUAGAAUAUUUUUAAAGCUAUAAUAUUUAUUUUGGUGUAGUUACCUAUGUUUGCCUUUCUUUUUUUACUCCAGUUGUUUCUGCCUAAAUGUGUCAUAGUUUGAGACUGGUUGCAUGUUUAGCUGAGAGUAUAAGUAUGAAUGCAGAUGAGUUUAGCAUGAUAUGGGCUCAGGAUUAGCACUUUCUCCUAAAGGUUGUUGAUUUUACUUAUUUCAUAAUAAAGCUUUAAAGGCAUGUUCUAAAAGGCCAAAAUCACAAAAGGGAUUUGUAGCUCAUUAUGUUCAUCAAAAUGUGUCUGUUUUUGCAAGAAAAAGUCUAAAGAAAUGGUCAGUGGAUUCUGUCUUAUUUUCUAUGAUGUCAAUGGUAAAAUGUCCUUACUGAGAGAAAACCAUGGUGUAUGACAUAACCCGUGAGCAAACCUCCCCUACUGCCCCGGAGGUCUCCUCAGUGGAACACACAUGUUCAGGCUUCAUGCAGAGCAGGGAGGCAGCACGUUUCAAGAAGCCACACAUGGGGACCGGCAUCUAUUUCCAACUCUGCUGUUUACUAGCAAGUAAUUUUGCCUCUCUGUGCCUCAAUUUACCCAUCUGUGUAGUCAAGAUAAAAAUACUUAACAGCUCUGUGGCAGUAUUUUGAGAGAUGUAUAUGUAUCUUACUUGCAUAGGCAGAGUUAUACUGUCAUCAUAUCCAACAUGCUGAUAUUAAAUAAAUGUAUUUGGGCACAUCAUUGCCAUAAUACUCACACUUUCCAAGGUACUUCAUAAGCAAACAAUCCCCAGUGUGUUUCAUUAAUCCACUGGCCACAGAAGAGCAGCAGACAGGCUGGGAGUUGCUCCUCUGCUUCUCCAGAGUCCUUGUUUUCAGCACUUACUCAGCUGCAUUGCUGGCAGAGAUGGGAAAUUCUUUAUGGGGCAGUUUUGCUGCCAUUCCUGUAGAAUUCUGUGCAUACAAAUACAGUUGAAUGCAGUAAAUAUACCAAAAAAUUAAGGUGAUCUUCAGAAAGUCACUUGGAAAAGUAUGCUGGAAGCAGAUUAAGUCUUCAGAAAAGUGAGGCCAGAAAGGCAGUGUCUCUGAGGAAUGAUUUUUGAAGUUUUCUGAUGUGGCUUAAGAGUUUGUUUAACACUCCACAGACUACUUGGGAUGCUUUUCUAAAACAGCCUUCUGUGCUUCCUUAUUGUACUAUAAUUAAAUACAAAGGGAAAGGAAAGGUCUUGAUGGAUAAGGGCCUCACUGAGCAGUGACCCUGGAUCUAGGGAACUGGCAACUCAAAAUACAGCUCUACAAGCAUUGCAAGUUUAUUUUUAGCCACCAAAAUAUCAGGCGCAGAAAGGUCCUGUAAAGCUCCAUUCACAAAGUGGCCAGAUUCUCAGCAGAUGCAAAGGUGGCCUGUUUCUAGACAGAAGUCGAUUGCUGUGCUCUGACCCCUCUGACCACCACCAGGCAGCCUCACAAAACAGAAAACCGUCUUUUUUUUUUUUUUUUUUUUUUUUUUAAGUCUGAGGGAGAGCAUUAACUCAAAAUUUCUUCUUUUCUACAAGCAUCACCACUAGCAGACACAAGCAGAGACUGCACUUUAAGGGCCUGAGCUGCCAAGCAUUGUUUCCUCGGUCCUCCACAACGCCAGGAAGGUCGAUCUGAGGUGUCCGCUUGUUGCAGGAAGCCUCGGCCAUGCGGCCCUUCCUGGCGCAGACCCACCACAGAGGUGUGACCAGGAAAGCAUCUCCACCUCGCGUAGAUGCUGCAAAAACAGACACGGAAGGAACGAGGAGAGAUCUAAGAUAUAAAUAUGUUGAUAUAUAUCUAGGCAGAGACCUAAUUGUCCAGUCUUGCAUGCCAUAUGGUCAUGCACAGCAUGUGAAGCAAGCGUGGCCCUGCUGCUCCAACCAGGUAAUGACCAUAGAUGCUGCCAAGCAAUGGAGAAUCAGGCCUGUGGUAGAUAUGUAUUUACAAUACUUCCUGCAUCUGUACAAACAAAAAUAUAUUAUUUUAAACUACAAAAUAGUGUGUUUAAAUCAAUGCAUGAAUGUAAAUAUUCUAAGAUCUGCCUUCUUGACUGUGUACCACAUGUACAGAUGAAAACGAAUAUUGUUUAUAGGAAAUCUGUAUCAGUGGUUAAAUGACUAAAGAGAAAAAAUAUCAGAAUUAAUGUUGUCAUGUUUCUCAAACAAGCCAUUAAUGUAUAUUUAGUAUUUAAGGAUAUUGCUCAAUAAGUAUGUUCCGUACCAAAAACUGUGUUGCAUAUACAGAUUGUGCAGUACCCUAUUUUAAAAAGGCACCAUAAUUAAUUUUUAUUUUAAAUAAAAAUGUACUUGUAAAAAGUU